AUGGCUUCUGGACACGUUCCCGACAGUGUAAACUUUGCUGAUUCCGAUUUCGAAGCCAAGGUCAUGCGCAUGCUGGAAUCACUAGACUUAGAUGUGGAAAUGUCCAACCAAGAAGAUUACGUUGAAGAAAGUGAACAUGAUACCGAUUUCGAAUUAGAUCUAGAACCGAAUGAAGAGUUUGAUCCAUCCAAUAAUCAAUCAGUACAAGUGAGUGACAACGACUCAACGGAUAACGAAAACCCGAAUUAUUAUUAUGAGCCAGAUACUGACAUAGUAGGCGGUCCAGAGCUGUUCAUCGAUCGCGGUAGCACCAUUAACCUCACCUGUGUUGUCAGAAAUAGUCCUGAGCCACCUGCGUUCAUAUUUUGGAAUCACAACGAUGAGGUCAGUACACACUACCCAGUUUGUAGAGCUUAG